AGGACACCCAGGACGGGUCAGGGGGGAGGAGCCGUUGGGAGAAAAUUGUACCUGAACAGCAGAGACAUUUUUAAACCAGGCAUGAGCCACCAGAGGAGGAGAGGGCGCGGCAAGAUGUGGGAGUUCAGCCAAAGCAGAGAUGUGCUGCUGGGAGGUGAGCGAGGAGGAGGAGGUCACACCCAACGUGGACGGAAAAAAACAGCGCAGCAGUUUAACCAGGACAGUGGCCCUGUUGGUGGGCCUGGAAGGGCUAAACCAACACCUUCAGCCUCCUUUUUAUACCCACACCUUCGAUUCUGCAAUCUUCACACGUUACCUCCCUCCAGCCCCGUAAUCCAGCCGUCUCCAUCUACCAGCCUGCUGUCACCUGCAGCCUCCUACACCUCUCCUGCAUCGUCCCUCCUCCACACCACCCCGCUCCCCCCUUCAGCCCCUGCAGCUCAUGAUGAGCAGCCUGAGCAUAUCGAUCGUCUUCUGGAGGAAGUGAUGAUGGGACUUGACAUUUUACCAAACCGCAGAGCUCCCCAUUCUCCAACAAGCAGCAGCAGCAGCAACAUCUUUUCUUCCUCUGGUGACACUUCUGCCCAGAACAGACAACAGUGCCACACCACUGAUGUCCAUAGAUCCACAGAGGUUAUUGCUGGGGCAAGAGGAGCUGGUAAUUCCAGUUUCAAAAAUGGUGAGGUACCUCUUCUGCAGCAGCAGUGUGAGGGAGAGCUGAACGAGAUGCUGGACCACUUCCUUCAGUCGUUCGAGCAGCAUGUUGAAAGCCACGGUGUCAGGGAAGAGAAGGAGACAAACGCUGACGGCUCUGCAGAGGCAAACCAGCUGUACACAGACCUCUCCACAGCCUCUCACACCUCUUGUCUACAGAAGAAAAAUGCACAACGUCGAGUCAGACGAUCCAAAACCACUGGAACUGAAACGCUGCAGAGCUGCUCACCGCCACGCCAGACCUCCACUAGCCGAGCUGUGUCCCACGAACACACUGAGGAAACACUGCGGAAAGUCAAACCACCGCCCAAAUGCCCAAAGAAGAGAAAACAAAACCAUAUCAGCUUUCAUUAGAGAAAAAGAAGGUGAGGAAACGAGUGUCAUCAGGUGACGUGACGACCCAAACCAUUCAUGACCGAGAAGACAAGCAGCUAAAGCAGAGACCUGUGGUCCACCUGGAGAGGAGCGGCCUGCUGCCAGUCACAGUGAUAUUACAGAGACAGAGCAGUCUGGAAGACAAGAGUCCUGAUAAAGCAAAGACCUGUUCAUCGUCAGUGAAAACCUCCUGUGAAAGCUCAUCUGGAACGAAUCAGUCAACGUUGAUCAGCACAAGGACGUAUCCGAUCAGGAGCAGGUUUAAAGCAGCACAAAUCGUGGGCAGUGUGCCGUUACUUGAGGAGCCACCCUCAGCAGACCGACCAGUUCGCAGACGAGGCAGACCCAAGAAGAGUUCACAACAACUCAGUAACUCGAACAGUAACAGUUCAGUUCCACCAGCACAACCACAGCCUGUGGAUCCUAGUGGCACCGAUGAGCCACUAGAGAAAAACCAAGAGAGACACGAAGAAGAAUCGACUGUCCAGCCACAAGAAGAGGCAGAUGGACCUGCAAGUAGGGGACAAAAGAGGGCAGCCACGUCAAGUGAGGACAGAAGUGAUGAUGGCACAGUGACCAAGAGGGUUUGCUUUGAGCAGAUUCCACAGCCAACAUGUGAAACAUGUAUGCCAAACUCUGAAUCUGCGAUCUCUGUGUGUGAACCACCAACCACAGAGCCAGAGGAGGUGAUUGACGUAGAGACUCUUUCACUGUCCAGUUUGGAAGGUUUAUAUGAAGAAGAAGAAAAACCAGUGUGGAGUGAAAUCAAACUCAGAGAAACAGAGAGCAGGUUGCCAGAUGAAGAGACGUACAACAGCGCUGAUGAGAUAAUUGAUGUGGAAGGAGAUGGCGACGACUCGGAGACUCAGGAGAACAAAGACGAGGACAACUGCCAGAACGCAAUAGCAGCAAGUCUGUCAUAUUAUAUUGACGAGAAGUCUUCUGUUUCGUCUUCACAUCAAACAAAAGAGUUCAGUCCGGAAUCGACAGAAAGGUGGGAGGACGACAAGGACGAGGACAUUGAUGUGAUCACAGGUUGCGAUUCUGAUCCUGAGCCGGUAAUCAUCAGCUGGACAGAGUCUUCAGAGGAAGGAGGCGAGAAUAUUGAUGUUGCUGACGACAGACUGCACUUCACCAGCGACGUUCACUGCUGUGAGUAUAGUUAAGCUUUUUAACAUUAAAAGCUGCGAGUUUCAAGGCAGACAGAGAAAUCAGUAGUGACAACAUUCAAUACAAAAAUGGUUUCAUCAUCAGUGUUUAAAAGUGAUGUCUAAAAUCUCAUCUUUCUUCAUUGUGUUCACUUCCAUGUGCAAACAAACUGACAAUAACAUGAGAGAUUUUUGUUUUCCUAUUCCAAAGAUGUUUAGGAAAAGAGCAGCUGUGAGCAGCAUGUUAGUUAUUCGUUUUGGACAGAAGCAUCAUAAUGUUUGAAGACAUUAGUAAAUUUAAUCAGCAACGGAACAACAUGACUGGAAAGUUCAUGUACAAAGUUUAGUUUCAGCUCCUGAGCUGAUUGUACGGACUUAACUACUGUAAGGCUGCAGAGGACAGGUAGGAUUGCUCAUAUUUUGUAUUUUUUCAUGCUUUUGAGAUGUUUUGCCUGUGAUUUUAUGUACAUAGUUGCUGCUGAUUUGUAACUGAUAAGCAGAAAUGUUCAAGAAAGUUUGUUUUUACUGGUACGUGUUGAAAGCAAUUCUUUAAAAUCAGUGUUAUAAGAGUUUUACUGCCUCAAAAUGAAGGUUUUGUACUGUCAAAUGAGUCAUCAGUGUUUUAUUAGUUGUAUGUGCAGCUGUUACAAGUAUGAUCAGUAAUGUCAGCCUCUGUCCUGCCAAAUGUUCUACGAAAAAGUCUUCUUUAUGUUCUGUCAGCUUAUGUUUGACAGUGUUUCCUGUGGCACUUUUGGUUCUUGGGUCUGAUUUUUACAAUAAAGACUUCUCUGUUCUCUUUGUGCUACAGAAGUUCUGCUCAGUCUUUGAACUGACCUUUAAAUUAGAAAAAUAUCCACACACAUGUUGAGACUCCAGUCAUGUGUCAUAAAACUAUCCAAAAAGAUUUCCACUGAUAAAAAAACACUGUUCUCUUUGAAAAUUUG